AUGGAUUCAAGUGAUCUUCUUUCUAAAAUAGAAGCUGUUGAGCACUCAAUUGAUUUACUAAAAGCUCAAUUAGAAGACAAGCAGCCCAAAAUAUCUAUAUCUAACUAUAAAUCUGCACUCCAGCCUAUCAAAUGUCUAUUUAUUGAAAGUUUGAAAUUAGAAGCUCAUGGUGAUAGAGUUUACUCAUUAUCCUGAGCUGGUGGUGAUUUAGCUAAAAAAUUUUUAGCAUCUGUAAGUGGUGAUGGCCGAGUUAUCAUAUGAAAUUCAUACACAGGAAACCCAUCCUGUGAAUGAGUUGUUAAAGACACAAAUCCUACACUCAUGACAUGUGCAUUUGAAAAAACUACAAGCCAAUUGCUCGCUACUGGAAGUUUCAUUGGAAAAUGCUAUAUUUUCCAAAUUGAAAUGAACCGUAAGAAAAAAAUCGAAGGCAAAAACAAGCCUUUAAUGGCAUUUCAAGCUCAUCAAGGCUAUUUAUCAUCAUUAAGCUUUAUUACUCCAAAAAACCUUGUCACAUGCUCAGGCGAUUCCACAGUUUGUCUUUGAGAUCUCCCAAAAACUGAUUUGCCAGUCCACAAAUUUGAAGAGCACACCGAAGAUGUCAUGACAAUCGACACUUGCAAAGCUAACCCUUAUUUAGUUCUAACCGGCUCCUGUGAUAAAACUGUCAAACUCUGAGACUUGCGUCAACAAAAUUCGUCAGGAAAUUCCUAUUCUCAUCAAGGAGAUGUAAACUGUGUCAAAUUUUUGCAUGAUUCUAAUAAUACCUUUUUAUCAGGCUCUUCUGAUGGGUUUAUAAGACUCUUCGACAUAAGAGCCCUCAGAGAGGUGGGAGUUUAUAAUGUAGGCCGAGGAGUAGAAGCAUUAGAAGUCUCAAAAAGUGGAAGAAUCAUUAUAUGUGGUACUGACCGAGGCGAUGUUAUGCUAUGGGACAUUAUUAAUGAAGAGCGAAGCCUACAAAACUUGCCUGGGCAUUCUGAUAAAACGACUUCAGUUGAACUCUCCCCUGACGGAAUCCACUUAGCUACUUCUAGUUUUGAUAACACUGUUGUCCUUUGGCAACACGCACAUACAUAA